AUGGCUUCCACAAACAUCUCUUUGCGCAUUUCCCGCUCGCCGCUCACCAGGCACAACAGCAAUAGCAAUAUCGACGAUUCCCGCAUGCAUUCUCCCGCGUUUGCCAGUGCAGGACUCGACGCGGGAGAUGAUCGGAGCUCGAUGUCGUCUGGACCUAUUCUAAACAAUUGCGUAUUUUGUGCACAGCCUGAAUCUUCGACCAGAAAAUUCAGUAGAUGCGAUGGCUGUAAGAGGCCGUAUCAUAAAACUUGCUUGCAAAAGGCUGGCAUCGAAGUAAUUCAAAACAAGCUGCUGGCCUGUAACAGACCAAAAUGUCAAUCUAGGGUACAGAAGCAAGAAGCCAGAGAUCAAGCAUCAAGAAAAGUUCAAGAGCAGCCGCGCUCUGGGUCAUCUUUACACACGGUUGUUGCUUCCCAACACCCACACUCUCCAGCGAAUCCCUCCUGCGAGAUCGACGGCUGUCUUAAUCCCCCGCUGAGCAGUGUGGUUCGUGGGCGUAUUCUUUGCAAGGCGCACGAAGUGCAAGUUAGGUACGACCAGGCGUCUCUCGCCCGUGCGAAUGCUGCUAAACAAGAAUCUGUGCGAAAGGCGUUGAGGGUUGAUGCUCAAUCCAAGCGGAGGCUUGAAGGGAGGCAGCUUCUUCACAGCAAAGGGACACGUCCUCAUCAAGUAAAACGGACUUCGUCUUUAAGCACUCGUCCAAUAGGCGCAGAGUCCAGCGAGCAAAUAAUGAAUGUUUCACCCCCGUAUUACCGCAGACCUGCUGCACGAAAAUCUGCCCGAAAAGAGAUUGCAUCAGAAACCCAGGUGGAAAAUAUUCAAGACCAUAGUAUGGCAGGAAUAGAUAUAGCAGGUAUAGACGAGACAGACGAGGCGAGAAACGAAGAAGAUAUGGGAGACGUGAACAGUUUGCCACGGGAACCUCACGACUGCCCAUCUGUUCCCGGGAAUCCGUCGAUACGCACCAAGACACUCGAGUCGCCAUCUCUAGUGGGCAUAAUCCCGCAUGCAGCUACUGAUGACGGAAGAGAAGAAGACGUCGCUACCGAGGAAAUACCAAAUCCGAUCACUGAAGAGACCUUCCGCCCUCACCCGCUCGAAGAUGAAGGAGCUUCCUCCACCAAGACUCAAUCACCCAUUAGUAAUUCCCAAGCAUCACCUUCACAUCACACGGAUGUCACCUCUCCUCACCCCCUUGACGCCUACCUCUACCCCACUUCUCCACCAUCACCACGGCCUCAAUCCCCAUCCUACCUACUCGCAACACAGACCUUCAGUCAUACAAACCCCCUCCUCACCUGGCCCGCACCACGCCCUUCUGCCUCCUACAUCGCCCAAAAACGAGACGAGUAUCUCCGCAACCCCCGUCCAAACCGCAAAGCGAAUUUCGGGGUUCAUCUUACCGAAGCGACGAAGGCUGAGAGGAGGGCUAAAGGAUGGAGUGUUCAUCAACGGAAAGAGGUGGUUGAUACGGAGCAGACGAGGGAAAGGGAUCGGAGGAUGGAAGAUUGGAUUGGUGUUAAGGAUGUAGGCGGAUUUGAGCUUGGGUGUAGUGAGGGGAAGAUGGUUGUUAGAGAGAAGGUCGGGGAGGGGAGAGUUUUUGAAGUGGAGUGA